CACACCUCGCAUCAACCCAGGAGUGAGUAAGUGAGUGAAUGAAUGCGAGGCGCCGCGAUGCCCCCUCCCCAGCAGCCCGCCAUUUGAGUGUCGGGGGACAAGGCAUUGAUGGCGGCGGUGGUGGUGGUAGUACCAAUCGUCUCCGAGUCUUGUGUUCCUCGUCCCAUCAGAUGGGCCUAUGGAAGUUCAAGGCCCCAAAAGAGAGCGAGAGAGUGUGAGGAAGAGCAAGGAAACGAAUGAAGCACACAAGCAUGCGACUGGAACAAUUGCACGCAUCUCGGUUGUCCUUGAAUGGGCGCCCAAGUGUGCUCUGUUCUGCUGCAUUGCUCUGCUCUCUGCUCUCUUCUCUCCACCUUGUUCUUUUUUCCUUGCUUUUUUUUUUCUUCUUCCUCUUGCUCUGUCUGGUUCGAAUGCAAUUCCAAGGGGAGGCAGGCGAUUUGAGAUGGCGAGAGGGAAGAAAAAUGAGAAACAAGACGAACUCAAAGUGCCGUCGACGAAUGUGUGCAAGGCAGGAGAGACAUUGGAAAAAGCAAUGAAGGCCAAAUCGCGUACGCACCUUUUCGCGAAGCCUCACUCGGCCCGCUUCCUUGCCUGUCCGUACUUCGGGACAGGAUCAGGCCGUCGGGACGUGGCUAGGAACGUGGACCUGGGCGUGGACCAGCCCUCGACUCGCCCGCCCUUCCUUGCCUGCGCCACCCGUUGAAGGCGUUGUUGGUUUCUGCGCGUCUGUCUCGCCCGUCUUGUCCUUCGUAAAUGUGCUGCUGAUG